AAUUACCAAAAGGAGCAGAGCAUGAAUGGCCAGAAUCUUUUCAGGCUAAGAAUGAGAAAACAAGAAGAAAGCAGCAAAUGUGGGACAGGAGAACCAACACUCCCAUCUAUCUCUUUGGAUUCCCAUUACAGAUUGUCUACCACAAUGACCCACCAACGCGUCUUGCAUAAUCUACCCACCAAAAAGUUUUGAUGCGGGAAUAUUUUUUCUUUCUUUUUUUCUUUUCUUUUUUGGUGGGCUGUUAAGCAACUGUUAUUCACCAGAUCCACUAAGGCAACUCACCCAUCUCUUCUCUUUCGAGUUCUUCAGUCGUCUUUCAAACUCAUCUUUUCCCUGUCAUCCCCUGAAGCAAUGGAUUGUGUGAGCCCAAUCCUGGACGUCGCCACCCGCUUGUGGUAUUGCACCGCCAAGCGUGUAGUUUAUAUUCGUGAGCUUGAAGAAAAUCUCAACUCUCUGAAGAGCUUAACGGAGGAGCUGAGCAACUUAAGUAAGGAUGUGAUGGUAAGUGUUGAGUGUGAGGAGGAACUACAACAGAGUAGGCGUACGCAUGAAGUGGAUGGUUGGCUCCGCGCUGUGCAGGUCAUGGAAGCUGAAGUGGAAGAAAUAUUGCAAAAUGGGCGUCAAGAAAUCCAACAGAAAUGCCUCGGAACCUGUCCUAAGAAUUGCAGGUCAAACUACAAGCUGGGGAAGAUUGUGAGUAGAAAGAUCGAUGCUGUGACUGAAUUAAAGGGCAAAGGGCAUUUUGAUUUUGUGGCUCAUAGGUUGCCCUGUGCUCCAGUGGAUGAGAGACCGAUCGGGAAGACUGUGGGCUUAGACUUGAUGUUCCAGAAGGUUCGGAGAUGCCUGGAAGAUGAGCAAGUAAGAAGUAUUGGGUUGUAUGGAAUUGGGGGUGUUGGAAAAACGACCCUCUUGCGGAAAAUCAAUAAUGAGUAUUUUGGUAAAAGAAACGAUUUUGAUGUGGUGAUAUGGAUAGUGGUGUCGAAACCAAUCAGUGUAGAAAAAAUUCAAGAAGUGAUUCUGAAGAAAUUAUCGACCCUAGAUCACAAAUGGAAGAGUAGUAGCAAGGAGGAGAAGACUGCAGAAAUAUUCAAGUUGUUGAAAGCCAAAAACUUUGUGAUAUUGCUUGAUGAUAUGUGGGACCGACUCGAUCUCUUGGAGGUGGGGAUCCCUCAUUUGAGUGAUCAAACGAAGUCCAAAGUAGUACUCACUACGCGAUCUGAACGAGUAUGCGAUGAAAUGGAAGUUCAUGAGAGGAUGAGGGUAGGGUGUUUGACACCGGGUGAAGCAUUUUCUCUGUUCUGUGAUAAGGUUGGUCAGAAUAUCCUGAAUUCACAUCCGGAUAUAAAAAGGCUUGCUAAGAUUGUUGUUGAAGAAUGUAAAGGACUGCCACUUGCCCUCAUCGUCAUUGGGCGAUCAAUGGCUAGCAGGAAAACUCCUCGGGAGUGGGAGCAAGCAUUACAAGUUCUGAAGAGUUACCCAGCAGAGUUUUCAGGUAUGGGAGAUCAAGUCUUUCCAAUUUUGAAAUUCAGUUACGAUCACUUGGACAAUGAUACCAUCAAAUCAUGUUUCCUAUAUUGCUCUAUAUUCCCAGAAGACCAUAUAAUUAGGAAUGAAGGCCUCAUAGAUCUUUGGAUCGGGGAGGGGUUUUAGAACAAAUUUACUGAUAUACACAAAGCACGCAAUCAAGGAGAUGAGAUUAUUAGAAGUUUAAAACUUGCAUGUCUCUUGGAAAGUGAUGUAUCAGAAGACACUUGUAAGAUGCAUGAUGUGAUCCGUGACAUGGCUCUUUGGUUAUCAUGUGAAUAUGGGGAAGAAAAGCACAAAAGUUUUGUACUAGAAGAUGUUGAGUUGAUUGAAGCAUAUGAAAUUGUGAAAUGGAAAGAAGCUCAACGGAUUUCACUAUGGGAUUCUAAUAUCAAUGAAGAACUCUCUCUAUCACCCUGUUUCCUCAAUCUCCAAACUUUGAUUUUGAGAAAGAGUAACAUGAAGUCACUUCCAAUUGGAUUCUUCCAAUUCAUGCCUGUCAUAAGAGUUUUGGAUUUUUCAAGUAAUAAAGAAUUAGUGGAGUUACCUUUGGAGA